UGUUUGACAACACAAAAAAAAAAAAACAAUAAACUCUUUUCAUAAAAAAAUUAUUUCUAUUUCUAUAAUUUUCAAAUAACUACAAAUAAUUUCUCUAAAAAUGGACAAACUUAUUGCAACUCUACAAGCCGUUAAAUCCCUUCGAUCUAGUGUUGGUCAUUGUUUUGAACAUCUUUCUGAUGGCAUGCGAGCCGAACAUGGCGAAGACAAUACUGAUAAAUUUAUUCGUGAAUUUCAAGAAUAUUUUAAUAAUGUUAAUGUUAAUUUGAGAGAAGUAGAAACUUUGAUAAACAGCUUGCCAACUCCAGCGGCUCCUUAUUAUUUGGGAAAUACAACAUACCUCGCUCAAGAAACAACUCAAGAUCGUCAGGCUCUGUAUCCGCAACUUGUUAAUAGUUAUAAAUGGAUUGACAAAGUCCACGAACACAGUUUGUUGGCUAAUAACUUACUGAAUGUUAACAAUUUAAGAAGAUCCUACACUUCAACAUGUUCCAACAAACGUGGACGAAUGCCACUAUCCUCAUGCAAUAACACAGACCCCGAGCAUACAGACAAGUUGUUGAGUGAAAUAAAUCUUAAUUCAGCAACGACGAGCUAUAAAGUCUGUCGACCUUUUGGAUCGAAUGCUGUUGUUAUUGUCAACAUAGCUCGAGUAUUGAAGGCAGCAAUUGUUUGUAAAGGUGUUCUCAUUGAAUGGGUCACUGUUAAAGGUGUCGAUGAACCUUUAGAUGUCGAUGAUUUAUGGGCUGAAUCAAGAUAUGAAGUUUUUAGAAAAGUCCAAGAACACACUCAUUCCGCUAUGUUACACUUUUUUUCACCAACUCUACCUGACUUGGCUGUAAAAAGCUAUAUGACCUGGUUCAAUAGUUAUGGCAAAUUAUUUAUUGAACCUUGCAGACGAUGUGGAAAACACGUCAACAAUGGACUACCACCAACAUGGAGAGAUUUACGAACAUUGGAACCAUUUCAUGAAGAAUGUAGAAAUUGUUAAAAUGAAUUUGUUUUCUUAUUUAUUUUGGUACAAGAAAUGUGCAUUUGCACUUGCUUUAAAAAUAAUAAAAAGCUUGUAUUUGUAUAUUUAA